UUCGCGCGCGCGCGAAUUUUCAUUAUCGAUAGACCGCGUCGUGAGUUUAUUAUUGAUCGAAGUGCGAAUUUGUAGGUCACCGCGAUGAUGAGUCUUAAAAACGGGGCGAAAAUGUCCCAACGCGAGAAAUUCGAGUUUAUUAACAAUGAAGUGCGUUCAUUUUACGAAUAUUGUAAAGAAGCGGGAAUUUCUGACGAGGAAAUGGAUAUUAUAUGCCGCCCUUUGACCAGUGCAGUGAGAAAGGCAUCGAUUAAGAGAUGGACAAGAUUCUUCUUAUUUCUGGUGAUGGUGUUCGCCAUCGGAUACACUGUAAGCCAAACCGACACGUUCCAAUGGCAUGCUUCGGCAGUCACAAGAAUUAUAUUGAUAAAGAUAUUGCCGAUUUGGGACUGGACACCUCUAUAUUACAAUAAAUGCUUGAUCGAACGUUCUCAGCCUCAGAAUAUGGACAACAACCUCGUUUCGCCUUCAGACUGUAUUGCUUGUGAAGCUAUCAAAAAUGUCGUUCGGCUCUCAGACACAAACUACCACGAGGUGUUCAACCACCACCUUUUAAGAGGUGCUCCAGUCAUUGUAACGGACGCUUAUUACGAUUGGUCUAUAUCUCGUUCAGAACUUAACCUGACCAGUCUGAUAAGCGACGAUAACCGACUUCGCGACUCCGUACCUUGUCGCAUACUUACCAAUAUACGAAUCGGUCGCCAGCCAAUGGAUUUAGAAGAAGUAGUCUCCCGAAUAACCAACACCAACAUACCGAGUUGGUUCGUUCAUUUUCAAAACUGCGAUAUAAAGGCAGUUAAAUCUUUUAGGAUUCUAGCUCCUAGGCCUUAUUUCCUCUCCCCCCAUAUCCCUCCUUCCCAUUUCAAUUGGCUCUUGUUGUCCAAAAACUAUGACACCCAUAGAUAUAAGAAUCUUGAACUUGACGUCGGUUUGAUAAUAAUGUCGCAACUCAAAGGGAAGACCUUGGUGAGACUCAGACCUCGUUCUCCUUGUGAAGAUGACUGCUUUACCCAACACUUGGAAGUAAAUGAAGGGGAAACAUUGGUCCUUGGGAACUCCCUUUGGGAAUUCGAAUACUUACCAGGCAAAGGAGAAAAUGUCGCUAUGAUAACUGAAACUGAUUGGAUUGAAUCAUAAUAUCCUAUUGCAUAUUAUUGUUGAUGCAGUUAUAUGUUAGUGUUUGUGUCUAUACCAGAAAUGUGUCUAAAAUAUAUAAGAAAAUAUCUAAAACAUAUGAAAACAAAACGGCUGUUACUAAAACUUAAGUGUUGCUAAGUUUCCUAUAUUAAUAAUUUAUAAUGCACUUAAAUGCUAAUGGGUUCACUACGUCAUCACGAAAAAACUUUUGUCUAAUUACAUUCACCUAUGAUGAUUCAUCGAUUAUAUAAUUUGUACAUACAAUGUUUGACACAUCGAAGUACGUUUGAUAAAUACUACAUCAGAGAACAAGUAAGUAAUUUAAUUUAAAUACUGUGGCUCAGUGCACAUUCACUUAAAAAUA